UUUAAUUCUGUUGAUUUUGUUAGAUCCUUAUAUCAGUUUGUUACGAAGCUACUCAGGCAUUCAAAAAUUUCCUUACUUUGACAAUUAAAUGAGUAGAUCAGAUUAUUUGGGCAGCCUAUUGGCAAACCAAAAUAAACAUCAAACUAUUCUUCACAACUACUUUGUAACUCAAGACGAAAAUUCUAAUAAUUUGCAGACCUAUGAAACUAAUUAUUAUGCCUUUCAAGAACCCAUUUCUAAUCCCCCCGAACCAAAAGUUUCGAUAUGGGAGUUUUUAAGUAAAGAUGAUUUGAAGGAUUUUUUGAAAUUACACUGUACGCGUGAAAUUAAAAACUAUUUAGAUUCGAUGAAGAUGAAUAAAUUUUUUCCAAAAGGCGCAGCGAGAAUGCUUUUUAUAGAAUUGAUGUGUUCCGUUACAAAAUUCUGCCAGAGAAAUAACUACAACUUGAGAAAAAGUGGUGCCUUACUAUCGCAAUUCUUUUUGACACAUAUCUUGACUACAAGUUCUUUUGACAAAACAACAGAAAAAGUGUUCAAUUAUUUCAAGGAACUCGCUCUGGCUCAUGCACUUCCUGAUUUUCCUCCAAAAACUGCUAAAAUAUUUUCGCAAGACGAAACUAAGAAUAAUAUGAAAUUUUUCUGCAAACUCUACUUGCGAAAUUUACCUCUGAUUCGAUUUACGAGUCUUCCCAAUUUUGCGUUUUUUCUGUAUUAUGAAGUUGAAAAGCAAGAAGAAAGAGAGAAAAAAGUGAGGAAAAAACAAGACGGAGACAAGAAAAAGAAGAAGGAUAGUAAAAAAGGAAGUAAAGCAGGAAGUAAAAAGGGCAAAAAAUGAUUUUGAUGAUAUGUAAAUGGUG